UCCGAGAGGCCAACUGAAUCGCCCCAAGGUGGCCGCUCUCAGCCCCUCGGCGACCUCCCGGGCCGCACGCUCCAGGUAAAGGCCCACAAGCCCCCGGCGGCCGGCCUCCGAGCCCCGCUUCCAGGCCCUUCCGGGGGCCGCCGCCCUUUGCCCCCGGAAGUGGGCGGGAGAGGAAGCGGCUGGUGAUGCUGGAACAAACAUGGCCGCCCCGGCGUCAGUCGGCCCCUCGGGCUCCUGCCGUCCUCCGCUGGCCGCCGGCCUCCGGCUGCUGCCGCUGCUGGGGCUGCUGCAGCUGCUGGCUCAGCCCGGCCUGGGCCGCGUCCACCACCUGGCGCUCAAGGACGAUGUGAGGCAUAAGGUUCAUCUGAACACCUUUGGAUUCUUCAAGGACGGGUACAUGGUGGUUAAUGUCAGUAGCCUUUCAGUGAAUGAACCUGAAGGAGCCACAGACAAGGACACAACCAUUGGAUUCAGCCUGGACCGUACAAAGAACGACGGGUUUUCUUCCUACCUGGAUGAAGAUGUGAAUUACUGUAUUUUAAAAAAAAAGUCCAUCUCCGUCACCCUUCUAAUCCUAGACAUCUCCAGAAGCGAGGUGAGAGUAAGAUCUCCACCAGACGCUGGUACCCAGCUACCAAAGAUCAUCUUCAGCAAGGAUGAGAAAGUCCUUGGCCAGAGCCAGGAGCCUGGUGUUGACCCUGUUCCGGCGGGCAACCAGACUCAGCAGAAACAAGACGGUGGAAAGUCUAAAAGAAGUACGGUAGAUUCCAAGGCCACGGGAGAAAAAUCCUUUUCUGUUCACAAUAGCGAUGGGGCAGUUUCUUUCCAGUUUUUCUUUAACAUCAGCACCGAUGACCAGGAAGGCCUCUACAGUCUUUAUUUUCACAAAUGCUCCGGGAACGAACUGCGGUCUAGCGACGAGCUCUCCUUCAGCCUUGAUAUUGAGAUCACAGAGAAGAACCCUGACAGCUACCUCUCGGCGGGAGAGAUCCCUCUCCCUAAAUUAUACAUCUCUAUGGCCUUUUUCUUUUUCGUUUCUGGGACCAUCUGGAUUCACAUCCUUCGAAAACGACGGAAUGACGUAUUUAAAAUUCACUGGUUGAUGGCAGCCCUUCCUUUCACCAAGUCUCUUUCCCUGGUGUUCCACGCGAUCGACUAUCAUUACAUCUCCUCCCAGGGCUUUCCGAUCGAGGGUUGGGCUGUCGUGUACUACAUCACUCACCUUUUGAAGGGGGCACUGCUGUUCAUCACCAUCGCGCUCAUCGGCACCGGCUGGGCUUUCAUUAAGCACAUCCUCUCCGACAAAGACAAGAAGAUCUUCAUGAUCGUCAUCCCGCUGCAGGUUCUGGCAAACGUGGCCUACAUCAUCAUAGAGUCCACCGAGGAGGGCACGACGGAGUAUGGCCUGUGGAAGGAUUCUCUGUUUCUGGUAGACCUGCUGUGCUGUGGGGCCAUCCUCUUCCCCGUGGUGUGGUCAAUCAGGCAUUUACAAGAAGCGUCAGCCACAGAUGGAAAAGGUGACAGCAUGGGACCUCUUCAGCAGAGAGCGAAGUUAACGUGCCUUUCAUUUUGUUCUUUCUUCUCCCUAGCUGCUAUUAACUUAGCAAAGCUGAAACUUUUCAGACACUAUUACGUUUUGAUCGUAUGUUACAUAUACUUCACCAGGAUCAUUGCGUUUCUCCUCAAACUGGCCGUUCCGUUCCAGUGGAAGUGGCUGUACCAGCUCCUGGACGAAAUGGCCACGCUGGUGUUCUUUGUCCUAACGGGAUGUAAAUUCCGUCCGGCCUCAGACAACCCCUACCUGCAGCUCUCUCAGGAGGACGACCUGGAAAUGGAAUCAGUAGUGACGACGUCAGGGGUGAUGGAGAAUAUGAAGAAAGUCAAGAAGGUGACCAAUGGCUCGGUGGAGACCCCAGGCGACUGGGAAGGCACCGCGUGAUGGAGCAGCCUGGCGGCGGGGACUGUCGAAGAGAACAUUUAAUUUAUUAAUAGUCCUAGUGGUGACCGGGGGCGGUCGGCACCUCCCGACGGUGACACCACAGAGCACGUGGCCGGGAACAAAGCGCCACGGAAACCUAAUUUUUUACUCUCUUCUAUGGAAACUGGACCUGUGGCUGGUUAUAGGCAGCUAGAAAUCUCCUUCAGGUGGGAAUGGUUGCGGGGGGCAGUGUAGCCAGGAGGAGGAUAAAAGGAAGACUCUGUUUUUAAUUUAUAUUUCUUUCUUUUUUUCACUGGGAACUCUCCGGAAAUAGGUAGUCACGCCCCAGGUGUGUCACGGCAGAGACCUUGGGGGAGGGGGCAGGGGGGCGGCGGUGCGAGGCCCGAGCUGGUCACGGCUCAGGAGCAGGGUCGCAGGAGCUGAGCACGGGCUGAGGAUACAGGGACAGAGAAGGGAAAGAGAACGUAUCGUCGCAGCUUUGGGGGACAAAAAGGAAUGAAGUUAGGUUAUUUUAGAAAGCAAAGCCCAAGCCCAGUUUAGUUAUAUGGAGCCUGCCCCAGGAUUCCUGGCCCUGAGUGUCACCCCAGACCUUGAUCCCAGAUUCUGAAAGUGACCAGGAACCAGCAGCUCUAGAGGCCCGGUGGUCGUCUUCCCAAAGGGGCUCUGUCGUCUGAGGGCUGAGUGUCACUGUUAGAGUCACGGCUCUGGGACCGUGGUGGGAAGUGCUUUUCUUGAUUGAAGGGUAUUUAGUGUUGUUUGACGGGUGGGCAGAAAUGUAUUUUUCAGCUCAAGAAGCAUCAUCCAGUAGGGUUUCCUCAAACAGCUGGCUCCUCUGACCGCCCAGAGCAGGGCCACCUCGCUUCCCUCUGUGCUUGUGUUCGCGUCUGUCUCGUGUCAUCAGAACCCGGGGAGAAAUGGGGAGGAAUCUUCCUUAAGGAGCAGCUGGGGGCAGAAAAUGUAGUGUUUAAGCAAGUACUUAAGUACAACUCAGUCGUCAUCAUUAAAAAGCUUUUGCUAUAAACCGGGUAGGCUUUCCAACAGGAACGGAACAGACUCGUGCCUGUAUCCCCGGAGCGUGCAUGCGAAGAGAGCAGGUGUGGUUGAGCAGAGCUUUACCCUCAGGGACUGGCGAUGGCGACGGCGAGUUCUUCCUCAGACCCCGCAGAGGGCCCCUCCCAACUCCCAGAGCCUAGAGAUGGACACAGGUAGCCGCUUCCCGGGGGGACCGGUGGUGCAGCUGGUAGCCGAAGUCAUUUGGAUAACGGGACAAGCUCGGAACGUCCGCUGUGACGCAGGGAAGGUGGGCUUGGCAGUGAUUUCCCAACGUGGUUUCGGUCGCACGGGCCUGGGGCAGGAGGCUGAAGCGCGGCCUCGUCGGGAAUGCUCCCGGGGUACCGGGACCCCUUGCCUGCCUGGGCCUCUCGGGGGUGGACAGCGGCCGUCUGCUGGGGUGGUUUUCUCACCCCUGGCUUGGGGGAGUCCAUCAGAAGCCUCAGGACUUGGGGGUGGCACUCAGGACCCCAGGCUUGGGCACCUGAGCAGAGUCCUCAGAAAGCGGUUGUUUUCCAUCUCCUGGGCCGCUUUCUCUCCCGGAUGAAGGGGCAGGAGAGUUUUCACGUGCUCACCUUAGUCCCCUCUGUGGUCUGUGAGGCUCUUCCUGCUCGAAGUUCUGUCGUGGCCAGGCCUGUGGUGCAAGGAGGCUCCUUCCCGGGCCGCUGCCGCUGCUGACCCUGCCACAGAUUAUAGGGAAGGGGCCAUGUGUCUCCCCACCUUCAGGAGUGAAGAAAUCUGCCCAAAGUAUUUACUUAAGGGAACUUUUCUCUUUUCCUCCCUCCCUUCCUCCCUCCCUCCCUCCCUCCCUCCCUCCCUCCCUCCCUCCCUCCUUUUCUUUCUGUCUCUGUAGUCAGGUUGGGGCUACAGGACAGAAGAAGCAAGUUGCAGGGAGGACGGGAACAUUAAGACUUUGCUUUCGUGGCAUAAACACGGUUCCAGUGCUUCUGAAAUGUGUCUUGUGCUGUGGCCCAAACCCCCGUAGGCGCUUCCCUCUGAGGGACGCGUCCGCUGUUUGUCCUGCGAGCAGGUGUUCUGGAGCAGGCCGUCGUAGACUUCUUGGCAGGACCCAAACGUGCAAUGAAAGCUUCCCCCUGGAAGGGUCCCCGUGGAAGUGAAGCAAUGAGGGAGCGAGGGAGGAGGAGAGCGGCCGUGGGCACCGCCGACCUGACGGCCGUCCCGGAGCCGGCCGUGGCGCCCGCCUCCCUCUGGCAGAGCUCGAGCCUCAGCCACCACGGCGCGGCGUGAGCCAGCACGUCGGGCUUCUCUGUGCGACACGUGUGCCUCUCGGCUCGUGCACACCGCAGCUGAGUGGCCGCACGUGACCACCUGACCCCUCCGGAACCGGAAGGUGCAGGCGAGAUAAGGCAGUGAUUUAGGAAUAAAGGCUGACAAGCGGGUCGUCUGCCCGCAGCCCAUGUUGUAACUGGCAGGUGUGAAGUGAGGCCAGGGAUCAAGAAGAAUCAGAACCCCCGCCCAAGAUCGGGAAAACUGGUUCUCCCGCAUUUUUACAAGUCAUUUGUGCUCUCCAUCCUGUUCUGUAAAAAUAUCCUGUCUUUGUCCGUCUCGUCACGUAGUAGCUGUGGCCGGCGUUCAGCUCUGCCCCCGAGGGAAGGGCACCGACCCGACCGAUGGGUUCCAAGCCAGGCAGGUGCACCGGCCCCUCCAGCAGCCCGGUAUUGACAGCUACGCCGGCUCCCUGGGACUCGGGGCUGCAGCGGUUAAGCCCUUCAGUAUUCCCGGGAUCGGGCCGGAGGGACUGGGUGCACAUCGUGGAGUGAUCGGCAGUAUUUAUAGCUUUGUUUUGUGCUCCCGCUGCCCAUUUCUGCCUACGCGUGCUACCCGUGCUUCCUUUGAGAGCUCUGCUGUGGACGGGAAGUGCGGCCGGCGGCGAAAGUUCAGGAAGUAAGGGGGUCUGUUUUCCUCCAAUGAGAUGUGUGCGUUUUGCUAGAAAGCUACUACUUCGACGAUAAGAACAGUCAUCGAUCUCUUAAUCCUGGCUCUUAACAGUGGCCGGGGACUCCACCAGCCUCCUUGUCGGUUCCUUGCUGCUUUAAAAUUUCAGUAGCAGCGCACUUGAACCUGCCGAAUGCAACUCGGGUGACUCGGAGGCCCGUUCUCCCCUUAGGAGGUGCUUCCUCUAGUGUAAAAAUGGUUUCUCAGGUCAUAGCCUGAGUCCGUUCCGUUUUCUUCCAAGAAACCACUUUGGAGUAAACUAUCCAGGUUUGGUUUGCUUUCGCCCGGACACAGCCGGCCAGCCAGCCCCAGCAGCGCCGUCGCGUCGUAAGUCUGCUCCGGGCGCCUGUCGAGGCGAGAUUUCUGCGCCUGCCUUACGAUCUCAUCGGGAUAUCUGCUCUGUCCUGUUCCACAGCUGCCCUCCUUCCUCCCCCUCCGCCUCCCACUCCUCCUCCUCCUCCUCCUCCUCCCCACACCUCUCUUCAUCCCCCCUCAGCCCACGGCUAUCAAUUCCACGGAGGCUCCGUCUGGGAAUACGGGCCAAAGGCUUUGGUGCAUUGCAGCAUUUGCUCCCAGUAGCUGUGUGAAGGAUGUACUUCCUGAGCUAAGGAGAAUUUUGUCCAGAGCGUGGGUACUAUGCUGUGUUUUAUGCUUUGGACCCCUGCACUCAAAUGUAUGCUUAUUUAAUGCUGAAGAGUCUGUUACCAGGAGCCAGUCCUUACGGACCAGGAAGAGUGUGAAAGAUGCCUGUUUGAACUGCGAGUGGCGUUCUGGCCGUCUCCCACAUCCUGUGGCAUCGUCUCCGAGGAAGGUCCUUAGCACGUUUGGCGGUCCGAUGACGUGGUUGUGGUCCUGCUCCACAGCGCCCGUGGAACAGCGGAACCAGUUAUGGCUCGUGCUCACAAGGCGCCGAAUUUCACGGGAGGCAGACCCCAGCCCCCUCCUCGGCCCGUUCCCACGCUCCAUGCUCCCCGCUUUGCUUCCCCCUGACCCGCCCCGGCCUUCUCACAGACUGAGGGUGUGCUGAGUGCACGGCGCCCCUGGCCUCCUGCCUGUUCCUCCUGUUCAGGAUUCCGUAAACGAGUAGCUUCCGCACGAAAGACGUUAGGCUUUGACUUGCUCCUUCUUGGUCUGUCGGGAAGGUAUUCAUCUGGAACAUACCAUAUGUUCCAAAAGAUCGCUCUUUACUCCAGGUUUCUCCAGGGUGUCUUGGGCUGGAGGUCUUUAAAAGAGACCCUCCUGAGUUGAUGCUAAUACUUGGCAUGCCUGGAAUGUGGUUCCUGAUUGGCGUACUGACCACUCCAGGGUCCGCAGGGCCCUUCUCUUAUAGCCUGGCGUUGCAGCUGUGCCCCGCUGUAGGGUUUGUGCUUGAAAAAUGCUUCUCGGUGGUUCUCUGCUAGGGUGUGGGACAUGUACAUCCCCUGAGGCACCGUGUGAGGGAAGCAGGCUGGCAGAGAGGGACCAGGCGUUCUGGGAGCAGGGAUCUGGUCGGGCUGCACCAGGGACUGUUGGAAUUCUGGGGGCAGGAAGUCUGCAGGCAGGCCACCUGGGAAGGAGGAGUGCUGGACCAAGUCAGCAAGGGUCAAAGUGAGACAGAAAAGCUAACUCACUUCCAAAACAGUAAGCUGAUUUCGAGGCAAGCCUUGAGGUUUUGCGGUGGACAGCCAAGUCAGACGGGCGGGGGGCGGGGCAGAGAGUCAACCUUCUUAGCAUUUAAGACACUUAAUACAAAAGGAUCCCCAAAUCUUGUCCACGUGGGGGCGGUUCUUGACGCCCUAAGCAGCUUUUGCCCACCGUAAUUUGGAUUUGCCUGGUCACGUGACCUCCAAAGAAGUCAGACACAUCCAGUCCAGAAGUAAGUUUCAUUUGGGGGACAAAAUGUCUGUAAAUAUCAUUUGCUUUUCAGGUUAGAUUGGGAUGCAGGAGUUUGCAGUAUUUUUUUUUUUUUUUUUUAACACUGCUGAUCACGGAAAAGUAUUUAUGUAAACACGUAACGGGUGGGGCUUCCAAUCAGGGUGACGUCUGGGAUGGAUUCUCUUGCUGUGAUGCAAACAUAGUACAAUAAAGAUUCUCUGACGGAAA